AUGGAUUCUGUAACGCUUUUGCCGUUAAAACCUUCGUCAAAAAAUUUAUAUAUGAUGAUAAAAAAAAAAUUGCACGUGAAAUUGAAUAUUCCGACGUUGCUGAUAAUAUUGUCGAUCGUUUUCUUAUCUAUACAUUAUCUGCCUUCUAUAAAGUGUACUUCUAACGAGCAAGAAGCGAGAAGUAAGUUAAAAUUUAGGCUCGUAAUACUCAUACUCUCCAGCCCUGACAAUUUAGAGCAAAGAGCAACUAUCAGGAAAACAUGGUUAGCACAGAAACAGGCAACAGUCAAGCAUUUCUUCGUAAUAGGAACUUUGGAUAUAUUGUCAGAGCAAAGGGAAACAUUACAUUCAGAGAAACAGAAAUUCAAUGAUUUACUUUUGUUAUCAAGAUUACCAGAUUCUUAUGGAACUUUGACAAAAAAAGUUUUAUAUGCAUUCAAAGAAAUCUAUGAGUAUUUUGAUUUUGAUUUCCUGAUGAAAUGUGAUGAUGAUGCAUUUGUAUUAGUACACAAAAUUUUAAAGGAGUUAGAUAAAUGGGAGAGUAAAGGAACAAAGAAAGAAUUAUAUUGGGGCUUUUUUAAUGGAAAGGCACAAGUUAAAAAAAGUGGACCAUGGAAAGAAAUGGAUUGGAUAUUAUGUGAUUACUAUCUUCCCUAUGCACUUGGAGGUGGAUAUGUUGUAUCUUACAAUCUAGUGAAAUUUAUUGCUUCAAAUGCAGAUAUUCUUAAGCUAUAUAAAGCAGAAGAUGUAUCUGUUGGCCUAUGGGUAGCACCUUUGGCAAAUAUAGAAAGGAAGCAUGAUGUACGGUUUGACACAGAAUAUAGAUCCCGUGGAUGUUCCAAUCAGUACAUAAUCACACACAAACAGACCAUUGAAAAUAUGAAAAACAUGCAUGAAUAUUAUCAAGCAUCUGGAGCUUUGUGCAUGAAAGAAAUAAGAAAUCGCAUGAGCUAUCGAUAUAAUUGGACAGUUCCACCUAGUCAAUGCUGUAAUUUGCAAUCAGGCAUUCCAUAA